UAUCAGUGGCAUAUAGUGGCAUUAUAGUGAUUGCCGAUUGGCACUUAACUCGGUUCCAAUGGCUAUUUGAGAUACAUGCAUCUUAUAUUAUAAAUUAUAAUUGUAGAAUAAUCGUGGAUCCAAUCGAAAACGUAUAAUUUACAUAAUAUUAUUUAUUUUUUCUCGACAGUUAGCCGUUAGGUAUUUUUUGUUUGUUAUUUCAAUCGCUCUUCGUAGUAGUUUGUCGUUCAUUAACUAGGGGUCACAUUAAACGAACAUAGUCGCAGACGAAUAAAUUACUUUUGUUGAAAACGUAUUGUUUUAAAUAAGGCGAUUAUUAUGAAAUAUGAACUCAUACGUCAUGGUUGUCUGGAGAAAUAAUCUAAUAAAUGAACAUCGUACUUGUUCAUAGUUUCCGAUACAUUGCUCAAAUCAUAUUUUGGGGUUUGAUAUCAACUAUGAAUUCUAAAAGAUUUGAAAUAAAAGAAAAAAGUACCAAUUAGAGGAAAAAAUGUAUCUUUUAAAAAUGUUUACGAUUUAUUACAAAUGAACUCAUCAAGCAGUAUGGAAUAUGUUGCUGCGAUUGAUGUUGGGACCACCAACUUGAAAUGCCAAAUAUUUUCAUCAAAAUUUCAUGUUGUUGGAUCAUCAUUUCUAAAAAUUAAUGUAUUAAAACCUCAUCAUGGAUGGGAAGAAAUUGAUCCUGAAGAAUUAACAAACAGUAUAAAACAAUCACUACAGAAUGCAUUAAAAGAUGCAGGCCUAAAACCUUGUAUGGUAAAGAAUUUGGGUUUGUCCUCACAACGAAAUACUUUCAUAACCUGGAAUAAAACUACUGGAAAACAUUACCACAAUUUCAUUACUUGGAGAGAUACACGAUCGAGUUUGAUUAUCGAAAGAUUUAACAAAUCAUUAUUUCUUAAAGCUGUUAAAUUUGUUUCAAGAAUACUAAGUCUUAUGUGCUCAUCAAAACAAAUCAAACUUGCAAAAUCAUUUUCGUUUACCAAUGCUCAAAUUUUACCAAAACUGAUUUGGCUUUUGGAAAAUAACAUUGACUUCAGAAAAGAUGUGAACAAAAAUGAAGUCCAAUUUGGUACGUUAGAUACGUGGCUUUUGUAUAGAGCAAGUAAAGGUGAACUUCAUGUGACCGAUUUGUCGUGUGCCAGUUCAACCGGAUUGUUCAAUGUAUUUACCAUGACGUGGCUACCGAAAAUUGUAUUCCAAUUUUUCGGUUUUUCUAAUAACUUUCUUCCUACAAUUUGUGAUUCAAAUUUAUCUAAACAUUAUAGUGGUGCUGUCCAAAUCUCCAAUAUUCCCAUUACCUGUUCGAUGGCCGACCAAUCAUCUUCGUUAUUUGGUACUGGCAGUUUCUCAAAACAUACAGCUAAAGUCACUAUGGGCACCGGUAUGUUUUUAGACAUUAACUGCGGUUCAGUGCCAGACAUAUGUUUAGGAUAUUUUCCAUUGGUGGGUUGGAUGUUCAAUGAUGAAGUUUGUUUCACACUGGAAGCACUUGAUCACAAUAGUGGACCAUUGAUUACAUUAGGAAAAUCAAUUGGCUGUUACAGCAAUUUGAGAGAGUUAAAUGAGUUACUACUACAUGAAAAAAAAGAGUCAUUUGCCAAUGACGUUUUAUUUGUGUUACCAGAUAGUGAAUCGUCCAAAAAUAGAGGGAGAAACUAUAGUUUUAUCAAUUUGACAUCUAAUACGACAAAAGCGGAUAUGGUAAAAUCUAUUUUAGAAUCAUUUGCAUUUAGGAUUAAGAAACGAUUAGAUAAGCUACAUAAAGAAAUACCUGGACUAAAACUAAACACCUUGUGGGUUGAUGGCGGCGUGUCGCAGAACGAUUACAUAUGUCAAGCAAUAUCUAAUGCUACAUCUACUACUGUUAUAAGAAUGAAAAAUAAUAAUAAAACUGAAAUAUCUUGUUUGGGUGUUGCUUUUAUGGCAGGUUUAUCUUCAGGUGUUUGGUCAAAUAAAGAUGAACUUAAAGACUAUAGAAGUACAACUGAUGAAAAGUUUGUACCUGAAGAUAAUGAUUACAUUGGAAAUGAAUGUAAAUAUAUAAGGUGGCUUUACAGUCAAAAAUGUCUUUAUUAAAAAAAUAUGUAAAUCAGUUAUUAUGUAUAAAAAAUGAUUUAUCUUUAUGAUAAAA